UUAAAUUUGUAUAUCUAAAAUCAAGCCGAAUUAAAAUCUUAACAAUAUGGAUUCCGCUUUGUUGCCGGGUCAACUUUUCAACAUAUCCGUAACUUACAUGGCUCCAUUGAUAACCGCGAUUACAAGCAUACUUUCAGCAACCAACGUAAUGGAGGACAUCGUUGCAAGUCAUGACAAGAGUAUGGCGACAGAAGUGGAAAUAUUCGAUUUUGUCGUGGUUGGAUCAGGCUCGGCCGGGGGUGUAAUUGCUAAUCGUUUAUCCGAAAGUGGGAAGCUUCGAGUUGCUUUACUUGAGGCUGGAGGUGAUCCCUCACAACUUAACAGCAUUCCUUAUUUUAUGGCGCAUAAUUUAAAUCAACCUGAAACGGAUUGGAUGUAUAAGACCGAACCGCAGAAGAAUUCGUGUCUGGCUUUAAAAGAUAACCUAAAUACGCCAUAUUUUUAAGUC